GGGGCGCCGGUUGACUGGUUGACAUUACUUGACAUCGUGCAGCGCGACGCGUGUUGCUAUCGAGCUCGAGUGACAGGUGGUGCUCCAAUCCGUACAUUAGUCGUUCGCGCGAGGAACGUGAUCCGCAGGAAGACGUUGUCAACGUUUGUAAAGUGUGGUGCCUACGAUAAGGGACACCAAGGGACACACGCGUCACGAGUGAGAAAGAGGAGGAGUGAGGAAACAUCAUCGCGUCUUGAAUAGAGCCGCAAGUCGUUACUUCGACUCCCACGAACACCCGUCCAAAUCGCCGUGACAUGCACGCACGAUCGGUGCGUAGCUGUUCCUAGGUGCUCCCCGUGUGUCAGGUCCUACGAUGUAUACUACGUAUUCGUGCGUCGACUUACCCAGGAGAUUCAGUUGCAGAAAAGUGUAUUCGAGAUUACUCUCCGGCAGGCCAAGCAAAAAACCGCAGGGAUUUUCGUUUCUUAUUCGGUGCUGGGACAAGGUUGGUGGAUCUAUAUGGGGCAAUGCGUGUCUCGUAAGGCGGGCGCCGUCGUCGCAGCAUCCGGUCAUCAUAAUUCGCCUUCGUACCGUAUCAUGGACAAGAAACAGAGCGAUCUACGGGGUUCUUCAAGGCGUGGCACGUCACACACACGCGGCACCGCGAUGUCUUUCGGCUUCCGGCGAAGGCCCACUAGCGGAAUUCCGAUGCCGAUAACGAACUACGCCGCCGGCACCGUCACCGAGAAAAGCAUGCUACAUCCACGAUCGAAGUCGGCCGGUCCGGAACAGAAUCGCAGACGGGCAAUGGACGACGACAACAGCAACGCGAUCCAUAAUUCGUCAUCCGGCCGGUCGACGCCGCGAUUGGCGCCGCCGAAGAAGGACUCGAACGGAACCGGUGUCAGAACCAACCGUUUCGGGUAUCGGCAGCCCCAGGCGAGAUUCACAAACAAGGUCGGCGACAUCUGUAGCAGUCACAAUAUCAGCCACUACAAUCAGGAGAAGCUGCAACAACAUCAGCAGCAACAAUAUUAUCAGCAACAACAGCAGGAAAACUAUUUUAUCAAACAACAGCAGCCGAAUAGGGUCGCGCACGUGCAGCAACAUCUGUGCAGUACGACGGUGCCGACGAAGCCUCGCUCGUCGCCAUCAAAUAACGUGGCUUAUGGCGGCAGUAACAAUAUGAUGACGCAGUACGCGGACGCGAACAGACGAGUCUCAAGCAUUCCAGAACCCAUUAGCAGGUAUACUCUGCAUACUAGUCACCUGCCGCUUCCACAGUAUGCUGUGCGAGUAAGCGAUUCCAACUCUAAGAUCGCUAAGACAGCGGCGAAUCAAAGCAGGAAGAUAUCCACCUCGAAGGGUUCGUCCAGUUCGAAGGAGGGCUCAGUGACCGAAGAUUCGGGCGUCAGCAGUCAGCCGGCUGGUCCAGAAGACGGUAGGAUUAGGUCGAUGGAUUAUGUGGACGAAAGCUCUUUGAGAAGACGCGGCGUCGGUAGACCGAGAAACCUGCGUAUGGUGGUAAACGGUAAAAGCUUUGACGUGAGAGAUGUCCGAGACGACGACAGCACGGUCACGGAGAUUUCUGUGAUUCCGUUGCCCAAGUCGUUCGCGACCGCCGCAGUCAAUCUGAAUACCGGCUUUGUGCGCGAACGAGCUACGCAGUACCAACGAAUCGUUAAUAAGGACAACAGGUAUACCGACUCAACCGCGUCAAUGUCUACGACGUCCUCGGAGGGGUACGAAGAAGGUUGUCUGAGCGAGGAGAAGGUCUACAAAGACCGUUCUCGUACGGAGAAAAUCCCAUCCAUAAAAUCGGACUUUAGCCCGCUGAGUUCGGACGAUCCCGAGUACGGUCAUGGGGAGGCCAUGGCGGAUGAGUACUCAUUGAGCUCCAGCGACGAGUGCCAGCGUUCAAAUUCCAUCAUCGUUCAGCAUGCGCAGGCGAUUACCGCCGCUACGAAGAGCAACACGGCGUCGAAGAACGCUCUGCGUUCGGUGCUGCUCACCAUCGAGGAUCCGGCCUUUGCUGCCGCCGCUGCUACCACGACUACUCUGAUAGACGACGAGACCUCGCCGGUCGAUAGUCUGUUCGAUAGCCCUACCGCUAGCAUAACCCAGUCAGAUGGAAAACCUUCGAAGAGGGAUGAAGAACAUGCUCUAGAACGUUCCGACAAUACUCUUGAGGAUGAUAGUCCCGGCACGCCGACGAACGCCUCCAAUUCGCUCAGCCUGUCCGAAGGUAGAGAGUUCUUCGACGACGAGAUUGCGGAUCAACCGGGAUUAAUCUUCGAUGACAGCAACUCGAGAGCCAGAAUCGAGACGCAGUCCGCGAUGGGGAAUCAAGUAAUCACCGAGAAUAGCCACACUCUAAUCGAGACGAGCUCUAAGACAGGUGGUGCGCACGUCAAGGGUGUAAUAAACAGUCCUCAUCACGGACAGCGUUUGCAUCGAACGGGAAGCGUAGAUACUUUGUCCCCCUGCGAAUCCAUCGCCUCAGAUGAUUUAAUGCUGGAUUAUGAUGGCAGUGACGCGAGUUCUUACGAAGAACAACAGCGAUUAAAUUCUAAUACCGCAUUGCACGAUCUGGAUGACGCCACUAUAAUUUCCGAAUUGGAAGCUCAAGGCGAAGAAGUGAUGCGACAGUGGAGCUCGUUGCUAAGCACUGCUCAUAUGCAGGACGAAGUGAAUUCCAAUUCCGCCAACAACAAUUCCGUCAACAACGCAAUGGGCAACAAUAACAAUCAGACCACCAUCGAAUCUGGAAUUGGAAGUGACAGGAUGUCAAGGCUAUUACGCAAUAGAUCCGGAACAGAGUCACCGCGUUCAUUAGACAACAUGCGCAAUCGUCAAGUUUCUAGUCCUAUGAGAACGUCGGGAAGUGUUUCAUCCUCGUGCGUCGAUUCCGGGGACGAGUCGAGUCUCAGGAUAGAUCGCGGAACGUACCAGUACAUGUUCCAGGACAUUGUCUCCAUUAAGACGAUGCUCCUGAAACUCAAGCGUGUCCUUCAGGAGUCAGGGGAGAACGAUUUGACGAGGGCAGAAACUCUCAACCCAUUCGAUAAUCCGAAGAAUGGCCUCUUCUGUAACCUGAACGAGGGUGGUACUACCGACGUAAGCACGUCACCGGGAAGCGGUGGUAAUAGCAUCGCGGACGAAUUGACAGACUUAAGGAGGCAGGUGGUGUUUCUUCAGGGUCAAGUGGAGGAUCGAGAUCGUACCAUACAAUCGCGGGAUCGCACUAUCGAGCUACUUGAGGUAAAUAACGAGCUCCAGAUGUCGAAGCUUCAAGGACCUAAGAACGGCGACGCUCAAAGUUGCAUCCUAUCGAUGCGUAAUAAUGACAUUUCCUCCGUGGACACGUGUAACGCUGCAACGCAAACGGAGAAGACACGUCCAGUAUCAGCAGGACCCUCGCUCCUACAAUCACUCCCACAGGAUGGUGUUAUGGGGCCUCUCGUUAGUUGGAGUGACUCGGACCAUCAGCGACUUUCGAUGCUCUCCGAGCUUAAGUCCGCCGGAAGUCCUCGCAAGCCAACCGAACGUUUACCUCAUACGUUAAGACUUCGUCAGGAACAGAUCCCGACACGUCGCGCUAACGCGCACGCGAGGAGAAACUCAGAGACACUCGUGUCAGGCUCGUUCACCAAGCCGAAGGAUUGCGCGAAGUCGCCGUGUGAUUCUAACGAUGCAGAACAAUGCGAUGUUAAGGUAGAAGGAAACACAAUCAAAUCCCUCAUUCCGACGCCUAGAAAGCUGCGGUUUUAACGAUAGGGAACGCGGCGACGCGCCGUUAUUACCUUAUUUAUGUGUAGCAACGUUCUUUCGUUCCAGACGUCCGAAUUCCUAUCGAAGAACAAAACAGAUUAAUCAUGAGUAUAUCAUUCGAUUCACAUAUGAAAUCUAUAAUUUCUCUUCCGAUAAAUCUUGUUUAAAUUAACAUUAAAUCAGUAUUUCAACUAUAUCUAUUAUAUAAAUUAUUUAUUGAAUUAUAUGAUCUCUCUAUUAAUAACGCGAUUUAAUUUAUUAUUCGUCGUGUCAAGCGUUUCGAUUGCGAUUCGGACGUCCAUAACCGAUCCAUCAAACGAUCUCUUGUUCCACCUAUUCUUGUUCGUAAUUAUAGUUUUAUCGCGCACCGCAAAAGUUACGUUCCUCGUAACAUGUAACGACAUCAUUACUCGCUCGUCUGAUAUAAUUUGCCACUUAUAUGACGUAUUUGUGUAGAGAGUGUUGAGCGCGAAAGAAGUCAUCUAUUCCUAGGCGGAUAUAAUUCGAGCAGCAUAUAAUUCGCGCGCACGUACAAGUGUACACACACGCGCGCGCGCGCGCACACACACAUGCAUACAUAUAUAUACUUGUUAAUAUUAAAUAUGAUAUUAAUUUCUUCCUCUAAACUCGAGUGCAAAAUUAGAGAUUAACAAAUGAUCUGUAAAAAUCGCAAAAAAAUCCGCAAAAAAUCGUUAUAUUUAUUCGACGAUCGGUUAAGAUCUGCGACAGAAACGUGAGGAAAAUAAUAAAUUAAAUAUAUAUAUAUAUGUGGAAUUUUUUUCUGAACGAUUUGAUCUUAGCAACCGGAAAUAUAAAAAUACGCUCUAUACGCCUUUCAGUUCGAAUAAAAUCUAAAAGGCAAAUAUACAUAAAUGUAUAUUUAUUGAAAAAGAAUUUUUGUAAUAUAAUUUACUGUAAAUAUGAAAAUAUAAAAUUUAUUUCAAGCAUUAUCAACGUACAAUUAUAAUCGAGAAAAUUAAUUCCGUUUUUCGAUGAUAUAAAUUUAGAAUCUUCGGCCAAUAUUUCCUUUCGACGCAGACAUCGUAUACAUGCGAAUGUUUUAAUUUUAUAAAAUUUACAAUUUUAUUUUUAUGUAUAUAUAUAUAUGUAUUAAAAUUUGUUUUCUCUAUAAAGAGAAAAAGAGAUUUGUUAAAUACACAUUAUACUUAUAUAUAUAUAUAUUGCAGUGCAUUUAUAUCAGGUGAGUUUUCUCUCUACAAUUACGUCACUCGCUGUGAUUUAAUUAAAAAGAGAAAAUUAGAUGCAGUUAAUUAUUGUUUCUAACGUCACAUGCAAAAAGUAUAUUGCGAUUGAUUUAUCGGCGAUAUUCAAAUAUUACUAUUAUAUACGUUUGAAUAGAAGAGAAGCGGAAAUCGCAUCUCUCGUGACAGAUUUCGUACGAUCAUAAUUAGUAAAGCUAGGGUACUAUGUAAAUUCCACAUUUUGCUUUAAUUUAUUGCGUGUUUGGUAUGCGCUUGGUGCUAGUAAGUCUGUAUGAUAUUUAGUUUUUCAUGUCUUUCAUAAGUGUAUUCUAGCAUAUUUUUCGCAAAAACAUAUAUUUACAUCUGUAUUAAUGUAUAACAUUAUGUGCAAUAUUGCCGAUAGUAUAUUUAAAAGUAUAAUAACAUACAAAAAUUUAACUUUAAAGAGAUUUACUCGCGAAUUAAAUCGAAAUGAAUUAGAUCAUUUAGAAAUAUAAAGUCUUGUCCAGACGGAAGAAUAUGCAUUGCCAUUAUUCUUCAGUAAUAUAGAGAAGGUCGAAAAAAACUAAAUAUCAUAUAUAAUAACUGUAUAUUCAUUUGUUUAUAUUUUAAUUUAUAUGUGAGUAUAUGCAAAAGGAGAAACGGAGAGAAUGAGAGAGCUAGAAUGAGAAUGAGAGAAAGAAAGAGAGAAACAGAGAUGUAUAUGAAUCUCAUUAAUUUUUUAAUAAAUAUAUGAUAGAAAAAUGAGGACUAGGGAAAUCUUAGUUUUUCCGCAGGGCUACUUUCGCGAGACGCAAUCGAGUAUUUGUGGAAAUGUAUAUCGAGUAGUUAUUCGAAAUUCGCUUAUCAUCGAUAACGAUUCAAUAGAUCUGGUACGGAAUAAGUUAAUAGCGAAUUCGAUUGGACGCACUAGUGCACAUUAAAGAUUAUUGUACAUAAAUUUACAAUAUAAGUAUAAGUAAUGAAACAUUAAGAUAAUUAAUAUUAACAAUAUGAGUUGUCAUUAUUCGUAUUAAAAAACAAUAAUAAUAACUUUUACUAUUAAUAAUUUUAUUUUUUUAAUUGCAUAUGCUUUUAUAAAUUUAUGUACAAUAACCUUUAUAUGUAUCAAUGCGCAUUAGUGCAUCUAACCAAAUUUGCUCUAAGUGACACAGUUUCAUUGGUAUAUCGAUGAGCAAUCGACAUUGAUAUUAAUCAUCCGCUAUUAUAUCUCUGAAGAGCAAGAAUUGAUCGAAUCUACAGGGCGAAAAUUUCGAAAAAAAAACGCAAACCAUUGUGUUGUCGCAUCAUAAUAAAUGUUAUGGCAAAUAAAGGAUAUAUAUAAGAUAGCGAUCACCUAUUUAUUCUCCGACGAUUGUUUGAUCGUAAUUACUUAAUUGAUAAGGCUACACAAUUUUCAAAAAUUCUCAUAUAACAAGAUGGUUAUUUCUGAAAAAGAACACUCUAAUGUCCAAUAUAAUAAUAAUAUGCGCAAAACACAGAUAUCUCUAAGUUAACUCUAGCGACAUAAUGAUAGCGGAUUAAUUACGAUAAAUAAUUAAUAAAAGAUAUCCACUCUUGUGUAAUGAUAAGAAUUCGUACUUGUCAAAAUAAUUUAGCUGCAAUUUUUAAUCGUACGUUUGCCUACCUAGUCCCAGAAUGUCGCAAUAAAGACAGUUUUAUUCGA